AUGCAGGCGGUGAGGCCGGCGGCGGAGGAGCAGACGGAGGCGGAGGCGCAGGAGGUGAGGGAGGUGGUGAGGGCGGCGCAGGAGGAGGCACCGGAGGAGAAGGAUGUGGCAAUGGUGGGGGAGCAGAAGGCUGCCGAGGCCGAAGCCGACGAGGAAGUGGAGGCAGAGACGGAGAUCGAGGCCGAGGCCGGAGCGUCAGCCAAGAAGAAUCGAAUCCAGGUGUCCACCAACAAGAAGCCGCUCUACUUCUACGUCAACCUCGCCAAGAGGUACAUGCAGAACUACGACGAGGUUGAACUCUCUGCUCUGGGGAUGGCCAUUGGCACCGUUGUGACUGUGUCGGAGAUCCUCAAGAACAAUGGUUUGGCCACUGAGAAGAAGAUCCUGACAUCAACGAUCGGCACCAAAGAUGAGUCGAAGGGGCGACUAGUCCGUAAAGCCAAGAUUGAGAUCCUGCUGUGUAAAUCAGAGAACUUCAACAGCAUCAUGUCCAGCAAAAAAUCACCCAAGUCUGCCGACGACGAGAUCAAGGUCUGA